UUCUUAAUUAUGAAAAAAAUGGAACCAAAAUAAUUAGAUUAGUCUUCUUCAUUAAAUUGCAUGUUUAGUGAAGACGAAUUAGAAAAUAUGGAUGAAAUUUUGGUAAUGAAUAGAAUUGAGAUGUUUAAUAUAGUCUUAGACAGAUAGUCCAAUAAAAUGUCCUCCCAUUAGUGAGGUUACCGAAGAUAAUUCUAGUUCAAUGGCAUCUGAAGAUUAAGGUGAAUAUAAUAGAAUACAUAAUUAGAUCAACAAUAAAGAAUUAAUUAAAGACAUAAGAAUACUGUAUAAUUAGUAUUAGAUGUUAACAUGGUAAAUGAAUAGAUUUAAAAAAAUGCUCGAAAAGCCCAUUCUAAGGAAUUUUUGAAAGAAUUAGUUUCAAAACAAAAAAACAGAUUUUAAUUAGAUGGAUUUAAUUUAGAUUUAACAUGUAUUAAAUCUUAAUUAUAAAUGAUAUUACACCAUAAAUAAUA